UUGCUGGCGAUAUACUUUGGCAAAUGGACGGAAUGUGCUACGUGGUACUGAUAGGAAUAGGCAUUACAGUCGUCUGGAUGCUUUGCCUUCGGUUCUGGAUCAGCAUCUUCUCUUGGCUAGUCAUGAUGGCAUCAGCUCUUAGCACGCUGGCAUUCACAAUAACACUCUGGCUUGCUUGGGGAAAAGACAUCACUUUAUACGAGCAUCCGCCAACGGACGUGAUAGAAUCAUCCAAACACGAUGAACGCAGUAGCCUAUGGGUCCUGGUGUUACUGCUGUUGACAAUACUCACGGUCCUCAUACUCCUCAUGAUUGCGGUUGUCGUCAAAAAAGUUACACAGGUAGUUGGUGUGUUACAAGAAGCGGCAAGAGCCCUAGGGGACGUUCCAUCUGUUUUCGGCCAAGCUGUAAUGGCGGCCUUGGUGAUUGUGGUGAUCGCCGGGUUCUGGCUUCUCGGUCUGGUCGCCAUGCUUUCAGUUGUGCAUCCGUUUAUAGAUGACGCUAAGCAGCGUACCGUAGGCUUCGAUACGGACAAUUUUUUUCUGACCAUGUGCCCACCCUAUGUAAUUUUCUUCCUGUGGUUGGCCAACAUUGUCCUCAGCUGCCAGAACUUCGUCGUGGCUAGUGCCAUCGCUACCUGGUACUUCACCAAGCACAAGACUCACAUCAGCGCUCCAGUGGUGCGGAGCAUGCAACUCCUGGUUGGCUACCAUCUGGGCUCAAUCAUCUAUGGCUCGCUCGUACUCAUCGUCGCUGAUCCUCUGAGGGCAGUCAUCUCUGGCUCGCGCCUCGUCUUCAAUGAUAAAACGCAAGCAGGAUCAUCGGUUGCGAAGUUUCUGAGGCCGUGUUGUAGCUGCCUCGAUCGAUUUCUCAUGCACCUCAACCGCAAGGCCUACAUUGUAAUGGCGAUACAUGGCCUCAGCUUCCGUACCAGCGGCCGGAGGGCACUAAGGCUGCUUGGACGACACUGCCAGCAGGUGGCGGGACUUGACACCGUCACAGGGUUCUUACUAUUCUUAGCCAAAUUCAACACGGCCCUACUGGCAGUGUUCAGUGGUCUUUGGAUCAUAAAGGAAACCCAGACGACUGUGUACAUCUGGGCUCCUUUGAUUGCAGCAGGAUGCAUUUCCUACUACAUAGCUGAUUCUUGCAUAUCUGUGUACGAGGUGACAGUGGACACAUUGUUCCUCUGUUUCACCGAAGACUGCGAACAAAACAACGGAGUGACUAAGCCGUAUUUCGUCACAGAUUCCCUCAGCGCAUUCAUGCACGACACCAAGAACGACCUUCAGAACAAUGCAAGCACAAGGGUGACGUCAUUAGACGAUAGCGCUCACCGCAUCAAAACAAAUUCUUGAGAAUGAGUUAAAAUAAA